AUUUGAUAUCAACUUCUACUCGAAGAAAUACAUACUUUGACAAUAUUCUAUUACAUUUGUUAUUAUUAUUAGGAAAAGACUAUAUAUAUGAGGUCUAAUAGACUUCCUUACCAAUCUGUCUAUCACAUUUGUUCUUUGCUAUACAAAAAUUCAUACUUACGUACUUAACAGGACAACUGUGUUCCAUCGAUGCGAGUAUUCUCUACCACGGAUGUCCAUCAAGUGUUCUUCAAUUACCGAGGAGAGGAACUGCGUUACAGCUUCGUUAGUCAUCUCAUUGAUGCUUUUGAAAGGCAUGGAAUCGAUUUCUUCGUUGACAAAUACGAGCAGAGAGGCAAAGAUCUCAAAGAUCUCUUUGCAAGGAUUGAAGAGUCGAAGAUCGCGCUGGCCAUCUUCUCUGCCCGGUAUGCAGAAUCAAGCUGGUGCAUGGACGAGCUGGUGAAGAUGAAGAAACUUGCGGAUCAAAGAAAGCUCCAAAUAAUCCCAAUCUUCUACAAAGUGAAUGCAAGAGACGUAAGGAAACAGACAGGCGAGUUUGGUGAGAACUUUUGGACGCUCGCGAAAGCUUCUAGUGGAGAUCAGAUCAAGAAGUGGAAGGAAGCCUUGGAGUGUGUCUCCGACAAGAUGGGUUUGUCAUUGAAAGACAAGAGCUCUGAAGCGGAUUUUGUCAAAGAGAUUGUUAAGGAAGUCAAGAGAGUUAUAGCAGCAAUUAAAUUAGAGGAAGAAGAAGAAAAUAAUUUAGAGGAAAAAGGAGAAAGCUUAAGAAUUGCAUUCUCGAUGCAUGAUUGUUUCAUCAUUAUUAUCAAAUGUUAGGACGUAGACAUGGACCAAAGGCUCUCUCUCUUUCCUGGAGACCCUCAAGAGAAUUUAGAAUACCAAGAAAACUUUAGCUUCAGAGAUCAAUGCCGCUUAUUCACUUCAUAGCAACACAAAUCUCAAUUUUGUUUUAACCCACUACAAGAAAUAUGUACAUUCUUAGCCGGAAAAUAUGCUAUAGUAGAGGUUUCAUAGCGAAUUCAUAAAUGCUAUGUCAUCGGCAGCAAUCGUAGGUACCCCCUCUACGAUAGCACUUUAUGAACGCUACGAAAUGUACAGAUACGAUAGCAAUAUUUAGAUGAUAUUAUUUAACUUAAUUAUAGGACAACUUUCGUGCCAUGAUAGGUCUUUAUACAAUAAACCAAAAAUAAUUAUAAUAAAAAAUAAAAUAAUUGGAAAUUAAAUCAAAAUUGUUUUAUAAUUUAAAAUAUAAUAAAUUUUAUUUAUAAUUAAAA